AUGGUAGGCAACUUUGAAGAAGCGGCCCUGAAGGGUCAGUCGGCAGGAGGCUGGAAAUCCUGGUCGACGAAGAAGAAACUCUUGGUGAUCGGCUCGGUCCUCUUGGCCAUCAUCGCCCUGGCCAUUGGUCUGGGCGUUGGCCUCGGCGUAGGGCUGAACAACGGCGACAACGACGAAGGCGACAGCGGUGAUAACGAGACCACCCCGCCCACCACCGGAGGCGGCGGCGGCAACACCACCAGCGGCAGCGUCAAAUGGAAGCCCAAGGCCGGUACCACCUGGCAGAUCGAGUUGCUGUACCCGCUCAACGACACCUCGUAUGAUGUCGAAGUCUAUGACAUUGACCUGUUCACCAACAAGAAGGAGACCAUCGAUGACCUCCACAAGCAGGGCCGCAAGGUCAUCUGCUACUUCUCCGCGGGCAGCUACGAGAACUGGCGCCCGGACAAGGACAAGUUCAAGAAGUCGAGUCUCGGCUCGGUCAUGGACGGCUGGGAGGAUGAGAAGUGGAUCGACAUCCGCAGCGACAACGUCAAGGAAAUCAUGACCGACCGGUUGGACAUGGCGGUCAAGAAGGGCUGCGACGGCGUCGACCCCGACAAUGUCGACGGAUACGACAACGAGAACGGUCUGGACCUGAAGGAAUCCGACUCGGCCACGUUCAUGAACUGGCUGGCCGACGAGACGCACAAGCGCAACAUGUCCAUCGGUCUGAAGAACGCGGGCGCCAUCAUCCCCAAGGUCAUCAACAAGAUGCAGUGGAGCGUCAACGAGCAGUGCGCGCAGUACGAGGAAUGCGACACGUACGCCGCCUUUGUGCACAAGGACAAGCCGGUCUUCCACAUCGAGUACCCCAAGGGCGACGACACCAACAAUAACGUCAACGUCUCGACGAAGAAGAAGGACCAGGCUUGUGAAUUCAGCGGCUCGGGCAACUUCUCCACGGUGAUCAAGAACAUGAACCUGAACAACUGGGUCCAGACUUGUUAA